UGGUGGGUGGGUGGGAUGGAUGGCUCCGGAGUCCUUAAGGAAUUGGCGGAGCUGCUGUGGGUGAGAUCGAUAUGGGGAGGCAGCCGUGCUGCGAUAAGCUCGGGGUGAAGAAGGGACCGUGGACGGCGGAGGAGGACAAGAAGCUCAUCAGCUUCAUACUCACCAACGGCCAUUGCUGCUGGCGAGCCGUCCCCAAGCUUGCAGGCCUCCUCAGGUGCGGCAAGAGCUGCCGCCUCCGGUGGACCAACUACCUCCGCCCCGAUCUCAAGCGAGGGCUGCUCACCGAGGCGGAGGAGCAGUUGGUCAUCGACCUCCAUGCUCGCUUGGGGAAUAGGUGGUCCAAGAUAGCUGCAAAGUUGCCAGGAAGAACAGACAACGAAAUAAAGAACCACUGGAACACUCACAUCAAGAAAAAGCUUCUGAAGAUGGGAAUUGAUCCAGUCACACACAAGCCAAUCAACAGGCAACCAAGCCCGAAAAGCUCGCAAUCCACUGCAACAACUGAAUCAAAAUCUGACGAUCACCAGUUACAGUCGCAAGGAUAUGAAGGCCAAAACCAGUCUUCUGAGAACUCGCGAUCGAGCCCACCGGAGGAGAGCUCGAACACUAGCAGCAAUGACCUGUUGGUUGGUAGCUUAUGGGAGGAGGAUAUACCUCUCAUAAAUGAAUCAUGGACGUUUCCAUGCAAUGAAGAGGACUACAGCAGCGUCGUCGCGCCAUUACCAUGGGAAGGGAGCAGUGAGUGGCUGUUGGAUUAUCAAGAUUUUGGAAUAGGAGACAUGGGAUUGGGGAGUUCAGCUAUAGAAAAUUAGCUGGGCUUGUAGACAAACAAAGCAAACGAUCUUGGAGUCCUUAGUAUGAUAUGAGCCAAGCAAAAAAUUGUAGAUAAUUGUAGAUAAUGAAAUAAUGAUUUGGCUAGGGAAGGAACGCUGGAUCCCCUAAUUCUAGUUGAUAGGAAGUGGGAUCCAAGUAGAAGGCUAGUUACUCUUUCCUAUUGGUACUUGCUUCCCAGUCCAAAUACAUGUAUUAUGGAGUAAGGGAAGUGUUUGCCCUUAAGACAUGAAAUCUGGUUGUGGAAAAUAUUAUACAAGGUAAAUGUGUAAGUUGUAUAUAUGCAUACUAGCAUCAACUAUAUGUGAAGGCACUUGAUGUUAUGAUUUAAUCAA